AUGGGGGCGCUUUUUCCCUUAGUUGGGGCGAUGAAGCUGAUGCAGGAAUCCAACAGCACCAUUUUGGAGGCUGUGAAUGUGUCGCUUGCAACCGACGCCACGGAGAUCCAGGAGGGCGUGAAGAGUGCUUUGAUUGCUCGCUCACGAAGCUUUGCGCACGAGGGCGACACGUCGCGAGAUCAAAGCCUUGAUGCUGUUGUGUCCGCGAAGAUCUUUCACGACAUCGCUGAUGGCGUGGUUUCCGCGGCCGACACGCUGGCAUCCGCAGGCUUGACAGUGGGCACUGCGGCCGCGAACGCCGCGAUGGUGGUCGGGAAACACGUCAUCAAGGCUGCAGACCUGAAGCUGCCGAUGUUGGACUGGUCCAUCCGGCAAGCGGCAGAUCAGAUUGGGAGUACGGCCGUUGGUGUCGGCUUCGACUUGGCAAGUGCCGGCGAGUUUGUGGCAGAUGCUUCGGCCGACUUGGCCGGGGCUGCACUGGAGCAAGCAAAGCAAGCGGCAAAGGCGGGGGAGAAGGUGGCGGGCGAGAUGGGGCGCGCCAUCGCGGAGAAGGCUGCUGCGCUGGGCUCCGACAUCGAGAAGCUCGGGCCCCUCGCUGCAGGCCUCGCUGCCGAAGCCUGGUCGCACAUAAAGGACUUCGUCCUUUGCGUGGCGCAGAAGACGAACCUGCUCUGCCGCUUGCUGAUCGGCAACACUUGCGACUGCAGCGCCGGAAGCCGCGUCGAGGUUGGUUCCAGCAGCUUGACAGUGAAGUGCGUUUUUCGGAAGGGUGGGGAGCUUUCGAUGGGCUACGGGACCGAAGCUAAAUCCGGAGAGCUUUUUGGCAAGAAGAAGAAGGACGGGCGGCUGACCAUGCCUGGAAGAACCUUCAGUCAGCCAAACAAGCCAAAGGGCCAGCACUUGAGGAAACGGAGGGCACUCAAAUCCCAGACCUCCCGUGCGCCCUCGGGUUCCUGUGAGACGAGUCUGGACAUGGGCUUGGAUGCCACGGUGCAAUCGGAGCUUGCCCUUGAGACGGUCGUGAAUACCAACGGGAACACCCAGGCCACCAUCUCCGGCCUGAUCCGCGCCUCCAUCACUGGGCUCGUGAAGGCGCAGGGCAGCUGCGCGCUGACUGCCGAGAAGCGCUUCCCCAAGCUGCCCAAGAAGAAGGUGGUUUGCGUGAAAGCCUUCUGCAUCAUGUUCAUGCUUCAGUUCGUUGCGGAGCUGGAGAUGAAUGGCAUCCUCACUGGCACCGUCGAGGUGGGAGCCUAUGUGGAUUUUGACAUCGCAGGGACGGUCACCGUCGACAAGUCGGGCAAUGCCAACGUGAACUUCAAGAGCCCGUCGAUCCAUCAUCAGGACGGCUUCGCGAUCGGGGCGAGCGCUUUUGCCUCCAUCCGCGUGGGAGCCGGACCGCUCAUCACGGUGUUUCCGAUGCCAGGGGUGCCCAUCAACUUCAAUCCGAUGUUCCACGCCGAAGUCCGGGCCCAGGGCACCCUCAAGUUCGGAUCGGGCAUCUCCCUCCUCCAGGACAACAAAACCCUCCUCGAGGACUCCCACCAGGUGGUCAUCGCUUCGAACCAGAGCUCGACGCAGGCGACCACGCUGGAGAUGUGCGGUGCAGCCGCCGUGAACAUCUAUGCCGACACCGACAUCACGGCCUUCGCGCUGCCGCUGGCGUUCCGGGUCAUGUUCUCGACGGACUGGAUCAUGAAGGCGAUCACCCAGGCCAUCCUCGAAGGAAAGCUGGCCCUGCUCGAUAUGAUGACCGCCGGAGUACUCUCCUGCGUCCCAGGAUCGGCUGUUGCGAAGAACUUUGUGACGGAGGUUGCCAGCAAGGCGACGUCCGCGGUUACGUCGAUGAUUCCGAGCCUGAGCCUUGAUUUUGGCUUCGACGUCUCUCAGCUGAUGCUCCAGAAGAUGUACUGUGUCGAAGUCUACAAGACACCGGGCUUCGACUCUGCUCCCUGUGCAGCAGAGCUUGGAUGCAAGCACGCUGGGAGGUUGCCCUCCGGCUCCUUGGAGUCCGGCGUGGAUAUCGUCCCAGUCCAGGAGACCGUCCAGAAAACCGCAGCGGCACCAGCAUGCCAUGAUCUCCCGAUGGGCGAUCACUUCAUCCAGCUUGGGAACUGGCGUCUGGCCGCCAUGGACGCAAACCACUUCAGCCUCUCGCAUGUGGAUGGUAAGACAAUGCAGAUCUGGCGCAACGAUGGCCAUCUGUUUCCGGGGCCCCACACUACCUGGGGUUCUUGGCACAGGCCGAUUGGGGAGCCCAAAGGAAUCUCUUUCGGCUUCCAGUUUAUCCAGAUCGGCAAUUUCCGGCUCGGGGCUGCAGACGACGAGCACCUCUCAGUUUCGCACGUCUCAGGGAAGACCAUCGAGAUAUUCAAGUUCGAUGGCUACCUGGACUCGAACCGGCACGAUUACGGGACAUAUGACCGACGUGAAGGGCCUCCGGCUGCCAUCAGCUUUGGAGACCGGUUCCUGCAGCUGGGCAAGUUCCGCCUGGGAGAUGUCGAUGGCGUCCACUUCAUCAUCACUCAUCCAACACAUCGUAUAGGGAUCCAAGUGUACUCGCCCGAGGGCCUCUGGCCACACACGGGCACACACUUCACUCACUUGAUAGAGCACCGGAAACCGGCCGAUUGGACCUGCAAGGACAUUGGCGAAAUGGUCUUUGGGCCCUGCAAGCCACAUGCUGCACGCUGGGGAGAUCGCUUCAUUCAGCUUGGGGAUUGGCGCUUGGCGGCCAUCGAUGAGAACCACUUCAGCAUCUCGCACAGGAGCGGCAAGUCGGCCCAGAUCUUCCGCAGCGACGGCACGCUGCACCCCGGACCUCGCUGGGACUGGGGCUCAUGGGACAGGCCGAUCGGAUUUCCAGGUGGCAUUGCCUUUGGGGAUCGGUUCAUCCAGCUCGGGAACUGGCGCGUAGCAGCCGUGCACGACCAUGUGCUCAGCAUCUCUGCCAAGGGCGGGAAGACCGCGCAAAUCUUCGGCCACAUAGCUACCGGUUGGUUGAAGUAUGAUUGGACUUCAAAGGCUGGACCCAUGGACGACUUCAGUGCCUGGGCCCUUCCUACGGGGACUCCAGCAGGUGUCACCUUCGGGGAUCGCUUCCUACAGCUCGGCAACUUCCGGAUUGGGGCGGAUGGUGUUUACAAUCAUUUGAUUUUGGCACAUGGUGCUCACACGCUCCAAUACUACACAUCGGCCGGUUCUGUGAGGACGGAGAAUUGGUAUGGCUCCCAUAUCAGCCAUCGGUAUCCGCAGUGGCAUUGUGGCGACAUCCAGACGGUCAUCGGUGCGUGCCCUGGAAUCAUCGCCGGUCAGGAUUUCCUGCAACUGGGAGAUUGGCGCCUGGGGGCUAUGGACAACAACCACUUCUCCAUUGCACACAUCUCAGGAGGGGUGUCUCAAAUCUACUACGCCCCCGAGGGAAAGGCCCUUGCCGGAUGGAAGACGUCGACCUGGGGAGCCUGGGGCCGCGAGACCAAGAAGACCAACCUGAUCAUUGGCGAUCGGUUUAUUCAGUUUGGCCAAUUUCGGGUGGGUGAGGUGGAUGCCACCCACUUCUCCGUCUCCCACAGCAACGGCUAUACUAUGCAGAUCUUCCGCAGCGACGGCACCUUGCAUCCCGGCCCCCGCCGCGACUUUGGCUUGUGGGGUCGCGAUGCGAGCACACCUUCGGGUGUGACCUUUGGCGAUCGCUUUGUGCAAAUCGGCCACUUCCGGAUCGGCGACAUCGAUUCAAGCCACCUCUCUGUGGCUCACGUGGAUGGUCAGACGGUGCAGAUCUUCCACAAGGACAGCUGGACGAAUCAUGGGCCGGGGCGCACGGAUUGGACGACCUUCGGCCGGUCGUUGUCACAGUGCAGGAUCAUGUAA